AUGUAUAAAUGGAAUAAAAAGAAUAUAAAAUGGAAUUAUAAAAUAGCAAAUAAAAGAGAGUUCAAUGGAAAAGGAAAUGUGUUAGGCCAUGCCUUUUUUCCAAAUAGGAAUAAUGAUCCAUUAGAAACACAAAUGGAUAAAGAUGAAAAUUGGUAUUCAGAAAUUGAAAAACAUAUACCGAAAUAUCAAACAAAAAUAUUUGUAGUUUUAGUACAUGAAAUUGGUGAUGUAUUAAGCUUAGAAAAUUCAGAUGAUUUCGAAUCAAUAAUGUAUCCUUACUAUAAUGGUUCGCAUUUAGAAUUAUCUGAAAAUGAUAAUGAUGCUAUUCAAAGUAUAUAUGGAACACAAUAG